AUGGCAAACUCAGCCCUUGAGUUACUUGGCUUCUCCCUGAGUUUGCUCGGCCUAAUCGGGACGUUAAUUGCGACUAUCCUGCCGCACUGGUGGCGAACAGCACACGUAGGCACCAAUAUUAUCACAGCUGUGGCCUAUAUCAAGGGGCUGUGGAUGGAGUGUGUCUGGCACAGCACCGGCGUCUACCAGUGCCAGGCUCACCGCUCCCAGCUGGCACUGCCCCCUCACCUCCGAGCUGCCAGGGCCAUGAUGGUCACCUCCUGUGUGCUCUCUGUGCUGGCAGGUGUGCUCGCAGUCAUUGGCAUGCAGUGCACGGAGUGUGCCAAGGGGAGUCCUGCCAAAGUCUCCAUCGCCGUCUCCGGGGGCGUCGUCUUCAUCCUGGCUGGGUUUCUUUGCCUUGUCCCCGUGUCUUGGACCACGAACGAUGUCGUGAUGGAUUUCUACAACCCUGCGCUGCCCAGUGGGAUGAAGUACGAGCUAGGGCAAGCUCUUUACCUUGGCUUUGUCUCAGCUUCUCUGUCCAUCCUGGGUGGGGCUCUGCUGUGCACGUCUGGCCCAUGCUGCGAGGAUGAGGCGCCGUACGCGCCUCCACCUGGGAGCAUGAGGACUGCCCCCUCCUACAGACCACCAGCUGCCUACAAGGGAAACCAUCCUUCCUCCAUGACAUCUGCUUCCCACAGCGGCUACAGACUGAGCGACUACGUGUGA